AAGAGAUAUUUGUUACUUUGUUGGUACAUUGUUGACCAUAAGUAACCCAGUUGCUGGGCGUCCUUCUCCGGUCGUGCGGCGCGUGUGGGGUGCGAGGCCGCCGGCGGGCCCGCGUGACUCCGGCGCGUUUGUGAUGGUAAUGCGGCGGGCGGCGCGCGGUAUAAGAGCCGGCGCGACUCCCGGCCUGCGACCGUCGCCACCAUGCUGUGCCGCGCCGCCCUCGCCGCGCUCUCGCCGCUCGCACUCGUGCUACUGUUUUGGUGCGGGCCGGGCGGCGAGUCGAAACCCUUCCUCGCGCCUCUGCUUCUGAGCGGCGGGCUAAACAACGGCACGUCGCUGCUGGAGCUGCUGGCGCUGUCGCACGUGCAGCACAAGCUCGACAAGCUCAACGCGCUCGCCAGUCUCUUCGGCAGCUUCGGCAACUCCACGCUCAGCGUGUUGUUCUAGUGAGGAGAGGCCGGCGCCGCGGUCGCAGACGCCGCCGCCGUCGCCGCCGCCGCCGCCGCAACCGCCGCCGCCCGCGCGCCCUCCUCG